UGCCGGGACUGCAGGAGUCCCAACAAGCAUAGAUGAAGGUAAAAAUAUAACAUUGGAUGAUUCCACCAACAUUGCCCGAGAUGCACUUCCAAUACCGGAUCAUUUUUUUCCUUACACAUUGCUUACUAAAAAUCGCCAGGCAAAGAUAUGGAUACAGCUACAACCUACGGGCAAUAGGGCAAGGCAUAGAAGCAAUAAAAUUUUGGCAGAAAUUGCUAUUACUUUAAUCCUUUACGAGCGUAAUGGCAUAAACCAACAACAUGUAGUUCAAUAUGACCUAAAAGUUACGCUGAUGCUUUCGAGGCAUACUUUGGCACCUUGUAUGUGGUGA